AUGGAUGAACUUUCAUACGUGCCCAACUCCGAUUCACAUACAAUCAACCCACCUGUGACUGAAUGUGAUGCGGCUCAGCUAAAUGCACACUCUUCGACCAAUCUUCCUGAUGCAUGUAAUUCUAAAUCUGGAACAUACGAGUGGGCCACACGGAUACUGGAUCCUCUACUAGUACUCCCCGUCGAAGACGAAGAUGCACAGGGAAUUCUAGAUGAACAUUGCUCUCGCAUCUGGGCAGAUGAACAAGAUUAUGCGUUAAUGCCCGAAGCCAGUGGGGAGUUUGCGAAGCAGGUGGGUGAUCUAGACUACGUUGUGCGAGAGUCGCAUGGUCCUGGUGCCGAUCCAACCCUUCGACAAUCCCGUGGUGCUUUCUCUGGCAAUCCGCGAGACCGUGCAAGCGGACGACGUCGCACAGCUCUCUCUGCCGCUCUCACUUCGUCGUACCAUGCGGAACCGGAUGCUUCAGAUCCCGUCCAGAGAGGUUCCCGUCGGCGAAGUGCCGUCCGUGUGCACAAUCGAUCUGAUGCUCGAUCUACCGCUUCUUGGGAUAGUGGCGUGGUUACUCACUGUCCUUAUCCGGUCGACCCUUCGUUCCCUAAUAAUACACUAAUUCAGGGCGAAUUGGAGACUCGAUCAAUCGUGGCUGCCGCUAGUUUACAAGCCUUGUCAUCUUCAACCACAGAAUUGGCCAUGGUCAAUAGUGAGGUUACCACAAAGUUGGUAGAACAUAUGACCCGUCACUACCGUCGGAACGCAGAUCCUGGCCUAGUUGUACCGCCUACAAGCAGUCACCCGUUCGCACCAAAAAUGUCUCCCUAUCAGAACUACGAUUUGUUAUGUUCACCUCCACUCAUGUGUCGUUCUGCGUACCAUCACCACUAUCCUCGUCCUAUUCCAGGAGUAGACCCCAUAACGGAAAAAGCAACAUUUUUAGGUGCAUCAGCAAUACAAGGAGUGGACGCUGUCGGAUAUUGUGUAUCUUGCGUCCAAAAUGCGUGGCGACCGUGUAAUGCGCAUCGUCAGGUCCAGACUCAGUCCUUUGGACCCGUAUGGUCAAUCGCGGAAACUGACAAAGUAUUAAACAAAGCUGUUCCUACUGCUGAUACUGGGAUUGCUGGCCGUGCCUCUACUCAGAGUCACAGUUUUCCUGCCGCGUCGGACACAUCAAGCACGUUUGAUUCGGGCAUUUCGUCUACGUACGAUCAGUUGCCUCUAACGACGGAUCGUGGAAGCCGUAGCCAAAGUCUUCGAAACUGGCAUGCCUCAUUUCGUGACCAUUCGUCUGGACCGCAUUUUGCAUCACGUCCGCUUCGCGCCCCAUCCGCGCCUCGAUCUCAGUUCAGCAAUGCACAACACUGUUGUCCAUCCGGGGUCUGCACUCACCUAUACACCCAUUCCAAUCCGGCUGGGACAGGUUGCACACAAUCACGUAACAACUACUAUCUCUCCGCUACGGCAGAUGAGUCCGGAUCGAAACAAUGUCACACAUUGACCAACUAUACCUGUUCCAAUUCUUGCUCAGUGAUGGACUGUUGCGAUUGCAAGCGCAAUUUGGCCUACGAUCUCAGUCAUCCAUCAGACGUGAAGGGACAAGAAGUCAUCCAAGCCGCCAACAACCCACCAACCGGGCACCCAGCUGGAAGUGGACAGUUACUGCAGCACUGGUUGUAUUUACAAACCAGUCAGUCAGUGUGUUCCGAUGAGGGGCCCACAUCCGCACCCACAAAAACAAGUCAAAGCCGCAAGCAGCACAGUCAUCAUCAUGGCCAUCACAACCAACACAACAGUCACAGACGCUCCAGUACACAUCGUCGAUAUUCCAGCAAACACGUCGGUAUUAGUCCGACCGGUCGCGAUGCGACAAAUUCAACAUCGAAAAACCCGGGCUCACGACAAUCCGAGCCGCUUCCUUGCUCGCGGACCAAUUGUGCACUGGACUCAGUCGAUUCAACACCUGGAACGCAGGGCAGUGUGGGAUUAAUCGUGGGCUACUAUCUUUGUGAUGAUCCGGUACCCUAUCGAACCGUGUGGCCCGGAACACAAAGUACCGGUGAAGUGGACACACAAUCAGGAUCAACUGUGCUUACACAUGGUUCGCUCACUUUGGGUCAGUUCAAGCAGCUUAUCGCCAAGAAGGGCUCAUAUCGUUACUUUUUCAAGAAACCAAGUGACGAGUUUGGCACAGGAGUGGUACACGAAGAAUUGACACAUGACGAUGCAAUCAUACCGCUCUGGGAUGGAAAAGUUGUCGCGCGAAUCGAGCGAGCCGAAUAG